GCGCGGCGGGCAGCGGCCGCUGACGCGGGGCGCCGGCUGCCAACUUCGCGCGCGGAGCUCCCCCGGCGGCGCGGGCCCGGCGGCAUGAAGACGAGCCGCCGCGGCCGAGCGCUCCUGGCCGUGGCCCUGAACCUGCUGGCGCUGCUCUUCGCCACCACCGCCUUCCUCACCACGCACUGGUGCCAGGGCACGCAGCGGGUCCCCAAGCCCGGCUGCGGCCAGGGCGGGCGCGCCAACUGCCCCAACUCGGGCGCCAACGCCACGACCAACGGCACCGCCGCCCCCGCCACGGCCGCCGCCGCCGCCGCCGCCGCCGCCGCCGGGAACGGCCCCCCCGGAGGCGCGCCCUACAGCUGGGAGACGGGCGACGACCGCUUCCUCCUCAGGCAUUUCCACGCCGGCAUCUGGUACUCGUGCGAGGAGGAGCUCGGCGGGCCCGGUGAAAAAUGUCGCAGCUUCAUUGACCUGGCCCCAGCAUCGGAGAAGGGGGUCCUGUGGCUGUCAGUGGUCUCCGAGGUGCUCUAUAUCCUCCUGCUGGUGGUUGGCUUCAGCCUCAUGUGUCUCGAGCUCUUUCACUCCAGCAAUGUCAUCGACGGGCUCAAGCUCAACGCCUUCGCAGCUGUCUUCACGGUGCUGUCAGGCCUCCUGGGAAUGGUAGCCCACAUGAUGUACACACAAGUAUUCCAGGUCACUGUGAGUCUUGGCCCUGAAGACUGGAGACCCCACUCCUGGGACUACGGGUGGUCGUUCUGCCUGGCGUGGGGCUCCUUUACCUGCUGCAUGGCAGCCUCUGUCACCACCCUCAACUCCUACACCAAGACGGUCAUUGAGUUCCGGCACAAGCGCAAGGUCUUUGAGCAGGGCUACCGGGAGGAGCCGACCUUCAUAGAACCUGAGGCCAUCAAGUACUUCCGGGAGAGGAUCGAGAAGGGGGAUGGGCACGAGGAGGACGACCUGCGCUUAGACUGUCGUCACGAGCGAUACGCUGCCCGUAAGUGGCCUCGUCGGCAGCACCCCGCCUGUGCCAUCCGAAGGGAGGGGACCCUGGGGCUGAGCCAGCCCGACCUCUCCCUGCAGCCCUGCUUGCUCCCGCAGACACACCCUCCAGGACACCAUCCACAUGUGGGAGAUUCCUGGCCCCGGAGCUCUACACAGGAGGUCCCCGAGCUGAACCGCCAGUGCUGGGUCCUGGGGCACUGGGUGUGACCGAAACCCAGCGUGGCCCCCAGACGUCAGACUGCCAUCGGAAGCGGCCCCCCCCGCCACAAGACCACCGGUCUGGUGCCCCUGGAGAGUUGGCCUGUGUGCUGUGAACUCGGCCAGCCUGUGUAGGAGACACAGGCCUGCCCUUCCCACCACCGCCUGGGGCUCAGGGCCCUGGACACGGAACCGGGGUGGCCUCAGGCAUGCACGGGGCUGCACAUGGCGACUUUGGGACAGCAACUCCUGACUUUUGCCACCGUCACACGCGGCGCCCUGUCCACUGCAGCCAGGAUGCCACGGAAGACACAGUCGUUGGCCCCGGAAAGCGGGCCGGGAAGUUCAGGGGGUGCCAGGCGGUGCAGAGCCCUGCCCGAGGCAGGGAGUGGGCGGGGCUUCCUGGCACUGGCACCACAGUGUGGGCACAGAGCAGGCACACAGCAGGGGCACAAUAAAUGCUUGUUGAACCUGUUUUCUUGCUAUGUGUGGAGGCCAGUUGCUCUCUGGGCUGUGGCUGCCCCCCACGGCCCCACCCAAUCAGGUCCUCAAGGACCCUGAAGGUGAGACAGCCUGAGUGUGCUGGGGUCAGGGCCAGACACUGAGGUGCCCAGAGUGGAAGCUGGGUCUGGGGGGCUGGGGUCAGCCUGGAGCCAGGCCGGCAUGCUGCCUUGGAUUCCAGAAGUGUGCAAGGUAGGAGGUAGGGAUGGGUCGGGCAGGUGGGAACCUUGGGAGACAGGGCCUCAAGCCCAGGCCUUAAGCUGCCCUGACCCCAUGGGGAUCCUUGACCCCAUGUCUAGAGGCACCUUUAUGUGGAGUCCUGGGACUUAGGUGCCUGGAGAAACAUCCUUAUUAUAAAGAUGAGGGAACUUAGGGUCACAGAGAUGAAGUAACCUGCCCAAGAUAACAGAGCUAGUGAAUGGCAGAGAUGGGGUCAGAACCAGGACUUUAAGAAGACUCUUCCCUUUCCAGAUGGGUUUCUAGAGCUUUCCCCCAAGUAGAGAAUGUUCUGCAGACUUCCAUACGUCCAUCCAUCACCAACCCUUUAUCUAUCCUCCAUCAUCCAUCCAUCAUCUGCCAAUCCAUCCGUCCAUCUGUCCAUCCAUCUGCCAUCCAUCCAUCCAUCCGUCCAUCCAUCCAUCCAUCCAUCCAUCUGUCCAUCCAUCCAUCCAUCCAUCCAUCCAUCCAUCUGUCCAUCCAUCCAUCCAUCCAUCCAUCCAUCCAUCUGUCCAUCCAUCCAUCCAUCUGUCCAUCCAUCCAUCCGUUCUUCCAUCCAUCCAUCUGUCCGUCCAUCCGUCCAUCUGUCCAUCCAUCCAUCCAUCUGUCCAUCCAUCCACCCGUCCGUCCGUCCAUCCAUCCAUCUGUCCAUCCAUCCAUCCAUCCAUCCAUCUGUCCAUCCAUCCAUCUGUCCGUCCAUCCAUCCAUCCGUCUGUCCAUCCGUCCAUCUGUCUGUCCAUCCGUCCAUCCAUCCGUCCAACCCUUCAUCCAUCCAUGCAUCCAUCCAUCCAUCCUCCACUCACCAGGUAUCAACCUUCCUCAUAUCAGAUGUCCAUCCAUCUUCCUUCCAUGUAUGACCAUCCUCAUCAUUUAACUCCAUGUACCCAUCUAUCCUAUGAUACAGUUCACUGUGCCCCCACUAUGUGCCAAGCACUGCCGUGAGCACUUGAGAUAAGAUAUUGAGCCAACCCGAUGGGUGACUGUCCUCACAGAAGGGCGUGACAGAGAACUAGACAGAUGGCAGUUGCACGGUGUGUGGCAUGCUUGGUGCCCAACUCUGGGGGCCAGGCAGCCUGGACUUAGAUUCCAGCCACCCCCAACUUGAGACCUUAGGCAAGUGACCUAACCUCUCUGUGCCUCAUCUCCAUGGGCACAUGGGGAUAAUCGUUAUACCUACCUCGUACAGCUGUCCUGAGGGCUAACUGGGCUAAUGUGCGUGAGGCAUUUAAACAGAGCCUGGCACAUAGUGCUUUGUUGGUGUUUGCUCUCAUCUUGAUGGGGGAAAGUUCGGGGCUAUGUAUGGGUCUUAAAGGCAGCACCUGCUGGGGGAGGGAGGCGGCGGCAGUGGUCAGGAGGACUCCUUUGGGAAAAAGAUGUUUCAGCCAAUACAUGAAUACAUGAAGGUUGUCUAGCUGUCAGGCAAGGGAGACUGUCAGAACAUUACAGGAAACUUCCAGCAGCCCAGACUGUAGGUAUGGAGAGAAGGAAGGGCCACAGGGGGUGCGAAAUCCGGCCGCAGAUGAGGUCGGGGAGCUGGGCCAGAGGGACACGAAGCUUCCCUAGGAAGCUUAGGCUUUAUCCUGGGGUGCACCCCGCUGUGCAUUCUAGAAGGAUCUCUGCUGCCUCAUCCCUCCCGGGCUCCGAGGGAGAGGAGACGGGUGGUCUGGUGCACACAGUGCCCCAGGAAUGCGACAACGAGGGCCGAUUCAGCUCGUCUGAAUGGAAAGUCAACAGACCGACGUGUAGAGAAAGUUGGCAAAGACUCUCCGAUUCCAGGCUUAGGUCAGGGGCGGGUCCGGACGAGCUUGGGUCUCAGGGUCCAGGGGACACCCACAUAGAGACGUGUGCUCAUUACUCACGCAUGCAUUGACUGACCAAGUGAUUCAUUAGUCCAUUUUCCAUUCACUCAGUACAUAUUGUGCACCUACUGUGUGGGGCAGGAGACGGGUCUGGCAGGAGGAUCAGGGCCCGCUGACAAAGAUCUCGAACAUCAGAACCAGGAGUUUGGGCUUCGGCCCCUGGGGCUGGGUUCCCAGGUCACCAGGCGUCCUAAGGCUCAGUCCUCAGCCAAGGUCCUUCUGUAGUUGGCGGCUGGACCACCAAAGUCCAGGAGAUGAUUUUAAUUGACAUACGGGCAAAAAUUUAAUCUAUUUUAAUAGUUGUGUUUAUGUCAAUGUGUAUUAGGAAAAACUGUAUAACGGGCCCCUUAGUGUCGUGAUUUCACAGACGCUGUUGCUUAGGACGAAACCAAAAUAGGCAUUUAAGUGAAAAGACAAAGAACUGGUUUGAAGAAAAAUACUCAAUAAAUAAUCGUGC